UGUUCGAUUCUUCCAAGAUUUUUGUUUAAAAAGAUCUUUUACUUUUUGUAAAAUGUCGUUUAUUACUGUCGAUCCGGAAUGUCACUUCCCAAUUCAAAAUCUGCCAUAUGGCGUGUUUUCAACAGCUGACAAUCCACGCAAGAGGAUUGGUGUUGCCAUUGGAGACCAAAUCCUUGACCUUGGAGUUGUAAAGAAUCUGUUUAAUGGUCCGGUUCUGUCAAGUCAGCUGCAUGUCUUUGAUGAGCCAGUCCUCAAUGGCUUCAUGGCCCUGGGUAGACCGGCGUGGCUAGAGGCUAGAGCAUCAUUACAGAAAAUCUUGUCAAAAUCUGAGCCUGUCCUUCGAGAUAAUGCUGAUCUACGAGCUAAGGCAUUUGUCAGUCAGUCUCAAGCUACCAUGCACUUACCAGCAAAUAUAGGUGAUUACACUGACUUCUACUCAUCGAAGAAUCACGCCUACAAUGUUGGUGUUAUGUUCCGGGGACCGGAAAACGCUCUUAUGCCAAACUGGACACACCUUCCAGUUGGUUACCAUGGUCGCGCUUCCUCUGUUGUUACGUCAGGAACACCUAUAAGAAGGCCAAAUGGACAACAAAGACCAGAUGAAACCAAACCUCCGGUGUUUGGACCAUGUAAACUGAUGGAUAUUGAAUUGGAAAUGGCAUUCUUCGUCGGUCCGGCCACUACUCUGGGAAAUCCUGUUCCCAUGGAUAAAACAGAGGAUCAUAUCUUCGGCAUGGUGCUCAUGAACGACUGGAGUGCACGCGACAUCCAAAAGUGGGAGUACGUGCCUCUCGGUCCAUUCCUGGCCAAGAACUUGGGAACAACGAUUUCUCCCUGGGUUGUUACCAUGGAAGCUCUUCAGCCUUUCAAGAUUGCCAAUACCGAACAGGACCCGAAGCCGUUGCCGUAUCUGCAACACAGUGAUCCAUACAGCUUUGAUAUCAAACUAGAGGUGGCUCUGAAUGUUGACGGCUUGUCACAACCAGUCACUGUUUCGAAAACCAACUUCAAGUACAUGUACUGGUCUAUGAAGCAGCAGCUAGCCCACCACACAGUGACGGGAUGUAACAUCAACCCCGGAGAUCUCAUGGCUUCCGGAACCAUUAGUGGAGAGACCCCAGACUCUUAUGGAAGUCUGCUGGAACUGUGCUGGAAAGGAACAAAGUCGAUAGAUCUUGGAAGCGGCAUCACCAGAAAGUUUCUACAAGAUGGAGAUGAAGUCAUUCUCAAUGGUUACUGUGAGGCAGAUGGUUAUCGUGUCGGGUUUGGAACGUGUACUGGAAAGAUUCUUCCAGCUCUCACCCUCUCCUAGUCACUGGUUUGAUCGACAGUCAAUGAGUUGUGUUCUAACAGUAUAACAGGCCCAUCUUUCUUCCCACUCUCAGCCUCUCCUAGUCACUGGUUUGAUCGACAGUCAAUGAGUUGUGUUCUAACAGUAUAACAGGCCCAUCUUCCUUCCCACUCUCAGCCUCUCCUAGUCACUGGUUUGAUCGACAGUCAAUGAGUUGUGUUCUAACAGUAUAACAGGCCCAUCUUCCUUCCCACUCUCAGCCUCUCCUAGUCACUGGUUUGAUCGACAGUCAAUGAGUUGUGUUCUAACAGUAUAACAGGCCCAUCUUCCUUCCCACUCUCAGCCUCUCCUAGUCACUGGUUUGAUCGACAGUCUACGAGCUGUGUUCUCACAGUAUAAUAGGCCCAUCUACGUAAAUUAUUUUCUUGAUGUAAUAAAAACUGAGUGCAUGGCUCGAAAUUAACAGAGGUCAGGCAGCUAGUGCUGCUCAAACUGAACAAAUUGCUUUCUGAUUAUAAUCAGUGUUAUAAGCAGGUAUUGCUUUCCAAUGUAUUUCUGACAGGGUUUUUUUGUUGUUUUUUUCUGACAGUAUUUUAUGUAAGUUCAUCCAAUAGCUGAUGUGUAUUUUUGUGCUGGGGUGUUGUUAAACACUCAUUCACUGUAUGUAAAAAAAAUUCUUCAUUUUGAAGAGUGAUAAUAUAAAUCCUAAGGCUACCACACAUGAGAGAGAUCAGCUGAGCAAAAUGUUGCAUGACAAUCACUAGGACAAUGUCUAUCGUAUUUGAUAUUUUGGUGAUGUCAGGGUUUCUGCCAGAGGGUAAAAUGGGUAUGGUGCCAUAACCAAAAUGUUUUGCAGAUUUGUUUUUUUUUAAGUUAACAUUUUAACAAAAUUAAUUACUCUUAUCAUUACUGUAUGAUU